AUGACCUCGGAGCCCUCCUUCCACUGGGCCGCGCGGGGCGUGUCUCCCCAUGAGUGCCGCUGGAGCAUGGCUGCGGGCGAAGCGGUCUAUGCGGACCAGGUGCUUCUGCUGAACCUCACCUAUCGAAAUCCCAGCGAGGCCACGCUCACGCCCAGCGCUGCUGCGGCCCUCAGCUUGGAGCUGCGCAGCCGUGGUGAGCUGCAGGUUUCGGAGCCUUGGGCGAUGAGGUUGGACACCAACGAGACGGAGGGCGUGGAGGGCUACCUGGGCUCCGUGGGUGUUCUGGGACUUUUGCGGCCGAUUGUGCAGCCAUCUUCGAUGUCUUACAAUGCUUUGAAUUGGCUCUCGGUGAGCCUCCGGCCCACACAGCCAGCUCAAGGGCUCGUCCUGGACGCUCCGGCUGCCUUUGAUUUCCAGGGAUGUGAACUGCGAGAUUGGUGGCUUCCACGUUACGAGGCUCAGUCCGCGGAGACCUGGGCCCUACGACUUCCCGUGGCGCAGAGCGCGGCUGUGCGCUGCGUGGCGGACCGGUGGCCAUGUCCCGGUGACACGGUCGACGGCAGGUGUACUCGGUCGACUUCAUCCACCUUGAACCGGGCGCAUGUUCAGCUGCAGGAGAAGCUGGUCCCUGGACUCCUCUAUGGUUUCGACAUUUCGGUGCAGAAUCCAGCCACGGCCGCCACGGCCUCCGAGAAUUCCUUUUACAUUUUCACUUGGGACGAUGGCUUCGUCGAUGGCUCCCUCGCGGCUGCCUUCAAUCCAGACCGUCCAGACUCCCCUGGUUGGGCGUUGUAUGAUGAAAGCUUGCAGGUGAAUCUCUCCUUGCCCGACGCACGGCCUUUCAGCCUUUCUGGAAUGUCCAUCCUGUACUUGUCAUUGGUGCCCUCCGCGGCUCGGGCCUCCACGAACCUGUGCAUCACGGCACCCAGUGGCUACGUCUGGGGCCCUCCGCUCAGCUCGAGUCUUCUGUCCCGGAACUGCUGGGCGAUGGCAUCUCCGCAAGCACCGCACUGUAAGGCGGUGGACAACGACAUUCGCUGGGCAGUUAUCACAGUAGAAGCUGGGGUGACCUUCAGCUUGGACUUGGAGAUCCAAGUGCCAGAACGUUUGCCCUUGCUGGGUGCCAACGCCUUCUUCAUCGAGCUGGGCUUCGACCAGCACUGGGCGGCGGCGGCGGUGGCGCGGAACGACGCGCCGCCAGGUGGGCCUUUUGCCAUCCAAGCAAUUGCUGAAACCUCAGUGACCUGUUCCUGCCCUGUGGUGGGCUACGAGGGGAACUACCUACGUUUCAGUGCGCGGUUGCCCUCGCUCUCCGCCGGCGCUCAGCUGGAGUUGCUGGGCGAUGAGGCCGCCCGCGGCUUCGGCUUCCAAUCCAGCUGCCUUUGGCGAGCACCCUUGGACCUGUAUGAUAGCGAGCAGCCCUUCCCAGAGGACACAGAGUGCCAGGCAUCUGAGGGACCUAGUGGUCUACCACGUGUGCGCUUCACCUUCGUCACCUCCCAGCCGAGCCAUCGUUGGGCCGUGGAGCUCUUGGCACGGAACCCGAGUGGAACGGCCGGAGCAGCAACGUGGAGCUGGCAGAUUUGGGCACCGGAGCCGACGGUGCUGCCAGCCUACGCCAGCGGCUGCCCUUUGCGCCGUCCCCUCUCCACGCUCCUCCGCCCACCCCCUGAGCCCGGGCUCCGCGCCAGCUACAGCGGUCGCCCGGGCGCGCGGAAUCGGAUCGAGGUGGAAGUGGUGCCAGCGGAGAGGCCUUCGCCCCCUUUGCAGCUGCUCCUUCGCGCCCCGCGGGGCAUCUCACUCGACACCUGCACUGCCGCCUGGGCCCCGGCCACUGAUGCCACUGCGGCGACGCCGGUGCGCUGCGCGGGCGCGGGGCGCGAGGCGCUGGUGGACGUGAUGGCCGCGAUGGAGGCAGAGGUGAUGUAUGUGCUGCAGUUGGCCUUUGACAACCCACCCCUCGAGGUGGUGCUGCAGAUGACCAACCUUUGGUACUUCGAGCUGGGUGACGAGGCCAGCUUGCCGCUGCAGGGGCCCCGCUUUCAGCUGCUCCACUCCCUUCAGCUGACACCGCUCCUCCCCACGCGCCGAACCGCGCCGAACUCCGCACACGUGGCCACGCCGGUGCUGGUAGCCUUUGGUGUCUCCUAUGUGGCGGAACGGCUGGUGCUCGAGUCUCCGAACUUCACGCUCGACGGGACCUGCAGUUUGCUGGAGGCGGAAGGCCCCUGCGAGGCUUGCCUCAAGCGUCAACUCAGCUGGUGCGCCUGGACCAGCGACUGUGGCGAGAGCCUGCCCUGUCCUGCAGAGUACUUGGCGGUCCCUGACCGGUCUGGAACGCACUUGCGCUGUCGCUUUCGGGUGCGGACAGAGGACUUGACCUGCCGGGCAGAGACUCCGGAAGGAGGCUCCUCUUCCAGUCGUUUGCUGGUGGAGCUGCACCAGGGCGGUCACUUUUGGCCGGGGCGUCUCUAUGAGCUCCACCUGCUGGUGGCACAUGGCUCAGAGCCACAGCCGAAUCAGAGCUGGCGACUUAAGACUGAAAGCUUCAAGGAGGAGUCUUGGCAUCCUGUGGAUGUUGGUGAGAUCGUAGGCUACAACCUUGUGCCUGCGCUUGAGUGGAAUGUCACCUUGGCGCCCAGCCGCCUGUUGCCGCUCCGGAGCGGACGUGGGCACUGUCGGGCCGCGGUGGCCGGCGGCUCCCUGGGUGCAGUCACCAUCUCCCUCCAGCUGGGCGCGGCCGGCGUGGAGGAUCUCUUCGAGAUCCACCCGCCCAAGGGCAUCACCGUUGCCUCUUGCGACGUGACGGAGGUCGCCCCCGCGGAAGAGGAAGGGAUCGAUGUGCAGAUGACGAGCUGUGGAGACCCGGGGGCCUUGCGCUUGAGCUGGGAGACGGAGACGAGUGUUGCACUGAGUACGGAACCGCCCUCCAUCUCCAACGGACCGGAGAACGUGAGCGACACCACCACCCGCGCACCGCCCACCCAACCAGAGACGGUCGUCGGGGCCAACGAGAGUGGCGAGAGCCGCAACGAAAGUACUACAACGGAGGCACCCGAGUCGCAAGUCAAUUUCAGCAAUGAAAGCGUGAACGAGAGCGCCACACUGCGCAGAAUGUCCAGCUGCGGGGCGCAGUCGGAUCUGAGCCAAUGCUUUCAAUGCCAUUGCGGGGAAGAAUGCCGAUUGACCUUCUCUGGCCUACAGGGAGCUGACAUCAGUUUUCAUGUGGCGAUCUACCAGAUGGAAGAGAAGCCGGUGAUCCUUUGGUCCGAGCCGUGGAGCAUCACUCAGAAGCGUGCAGAUCAAGUCAUAGCUGCUGCCGUGGCCUGGCAGUGGCCCAUCCGUCCCUCCCUGCGGGCGGCCUUCAGCCUUGGCACUGGCGCAGCUGGAGACACGCAGCUGGCGCUAGAGAUCACGCCGCGCGUGGUGGGGGCGAAUUUCACGUGGCUUCGCUUGGUGGCAGCUUGGCCACCUGGCUUCAACUUCGAGGGAGCUCACGUCCAAGGAGCCACCGGCGCCACAGUCUUGGAGGCGUCAGGUCCUCGUCUUCUGCUGGCGCUCCCGCAGCGAGCCGCUGCACCGGGCCAAGCCCUGGACCUACAAGUGGGGCCCGUCCAACUGGGAGAGGGAGGCUUCAGCCGCUUCCAUGCGGCGACCCUGGCUUCCGAGUUUGUGCUCGAGGAGGUGUUGAACCUCACAGCCUUCCGGAUCCCAGGCCAUGUUUUCGUGGACAAUGCCACCUUGGAACGCGUGGCUCCGAGUCGUUCUACGCUCCCACCACUGCCAGUGCGGCUACAAGAGGCUGGUUGGCUUUCGAUGACCUUCCGCCUGGCGCAGGCCGUCGGGCCCGGAACGCAGCUGCGCUUGGCCGCUUCCGAUGCCUGGGAGCUUCGCGCCGUGGGCGAAGGAUCGGGGAUGUCGCUCUAUCGAGUGCAAGAUGGGCAAGUGGCAGAGAUCUUGAGGUUGGCUGACGUAGCGGCUGUGAGCACAAUGCAGGUUCAGGCGGUGCUGUUGGAUCCAAUGGCGUCGAUGUCGGCCUAUACCGUCACCCUUUGGGCGAUGCCCUUGACCUACGAAGCGCCGUCGAGCCGCGGUGCCUGGACUCUGGACCUGGAGGACGGUGAUGGGCCCAUCGUCACCAGCAAUGAGGGUUUUCAGUUGCCUUUGCCGGCAUGGCCCUUGCCGUCCAUCGCCGUGCAGUUGGAUAUGGCCAGCCCUCCACCAGGAGGGCGGACCUACGUGCAGCUCGGAGUGGCACCUUGGAUCGGCGCUGGACAGGUGCAUUUGCUGUUGGAACCUCCUCCCGGAUGGCGGCUUGGCGCUUCCACCAGCCCUUUGGUCUCGUUGGGCUUCGCAGACCUCACCGGAGGUUGGGAGGCCCAGUUCGAAGCUUCGGCCUCCCUGUGGACCACCACGGACACCAGGUGGUACUUGCUGGCCACGGCGGACGUGCCGAUCUUCUCAAAGGGCGAGUUGUUGACCCCCGUCCUCAGCUGGUCCCAUGUGGAUGGUGCCAACGUGGCGCCGAUGCAAACCACGAUCCAACACGCGAACCUGGCGGACCUCCAGUCGACGGAGCUGAUCCUCACGCUGCGCUUGGACCAAGAAACCCCUGUGAAGUCGAUUCGCAUCCAGCCUCCUUCGACCUAUGGCAGGUUGACCUGCGCUGACCCCGACGGCUCUCUGGUGCGCGGCGCGCCCCGCUGGCCGAUGUCCCUGCGGCGCUUCGGGCCCAGUUGUCGAGACGAGGACAACCGAACUGAGGUGUUAUUGGCUCAGCCAGUGCCUGUGGGCUUUUGGCUGAUCAGCUUGUCUGUGGCCUUGCCUGACGAGGAUCCACCAGACCUCUUCCGGGUGGAAGUCUACGAUGAGAACCAGCGUUUGGUGGAUGCGGCGACGCAAGUGACGGUGCCAGCGCUGAGCGAGCACCAGCACUGGCCGGUCCGCGAAGCUCCCACGAUGCUCCUGCGCAACCUGGAGCGCCAAGCGACCGUCGCAGCCGCCGUGGUCGAGUUGAGCUUCCAAGUCGACCAGGAGAUGACAGUGGAGCAAGGCAAGAUCAAAGCCAUGUUGAUCUCUUUGCCCAACAGCGUCCAGUUCGACGAGGGGAUCUCCAUGAGCAUCACUGGACUUCCGCUGGAACGUGGGACGCCGACAGUGAGCCUCACCCAGGCCAUCAUCCGGCUCUUGGAGCCCGAGCUGCUUCAGCUGGGCCGCAAGCGCGUGCGCUUCGGCGUUCUGCUGCCGCGGACCGAGCCCUUAGAGAACAUUUGGAGCUUGGAGAUUUGUAGUCAAGAUUCCUGUGGGGGCUCCGUGCUUCGUUUCCCAUUGCCCGGGCUGACCUUGCAAGAGGAGCCCGUGCUGGACGAGGAGGUGGGUGCCAGCUGGCGACCUUUGGGUCGAUGCUUGCUGCUGGCCUCGCUGUUGACAGAUCUCACCUGA